AUGGCUAUCGACCCGCCCACUGCCCGCGACGCCCCUGCACGAUCCCCCCGCAUUCCUAGCAUUGCGGCUCGUCGUUCCAUCCAUGCGCGGGAAAGCGUCACCACCUUCGCCCGUGUGGGCGACCGCCACCGCCCGGCAACUCGAGGCCCACCCGUCCGUACGCGUCAGGUUGAGGACGAGGAAGAGGCGGACCGUGUUCACAAGAAGCGUCGCACGUCGUCUGAGGCUCCGGACACCGAGGCGGUGGCACCUUACCAGAGCGAAGACGAGAAUGCGCAAGCCGAUGCCGACGAGAUGCUGCAGCUCUUUGCUGACUCCGAGCCGGAGAUGGACCCGGAGACGUCGCCGUGGGAUGACCUGGACGCCGAGGACGGUGACGAUCCCGCCAUGGUCAGCGAGUAUGUCGUCGAGAUCUUCAAGUACAUGAGGGAACUUGAGCUUGCUACCUUGCCCAAUCCCCGCUACAUGGACAGCCAGAAAGAGCUUGCGUGGAAAAUGCGCGGUAUCCUCACCGAUUGGUUGAUCCAAGUCCAUGUUCGCUUCCGCCUCCUUCCCGAGACCCUCUUCCUUUGCGUCAACAUCAUCGACCGGUUCCUCUCCGCUCGUGUCGUCUCCCUGGCCAAGCUUCAGCUCGUCGGCAUCACUUGCAUGCUCAUCGCUGCGAAGGUGGAGGAGAUCGUCGCUCCGUCCGUGCACCACUUCCUCAUGUGCGCCGAUGCGACGUAUGCGGAGAACGAGAUCCUCCUCGCCGAGAAGUACGUCUUAAAGACACUCGACUGGAACCUGAGCUUCCCCAACCCGGUCCACUUCCUUCGUCGUGUCAGCAAGGCCGACGACUACAAUGUUAAGGUCCGCACGCUCGGCAAGUACUUGCUUGAAAUCGGCUGCCUCGAGUGGAGAUUGCUCGCCACGCCUCCCUCUUUACUUGCCGCCGCGGCUAUCUGGCUUGCACGUCUUGCUUUGGGUUUGGAGAAAUGGACGGCGAACUUGGCGCACUACUCGUCAUACCCGGAAAGCGCGCUUGUUCCCACGGCCUGCCUGAUGAUCAAUUACAUCAUCAAGCCCAUACGCCAUGAGUCUUUCUACAAAAAGUACGCUGGCAAGCGCUUCUUCAAGGUACGUUCCCCUCUCUUGAGUCAGUAG